AUGGGCCUACACCGAUGGCCCACCAUCACCCAGAAGCCCACAGUUCGCACAAGCUCCCCUUCUAGCUCGGAUGCCAACCUGCGGUUCCCUGACAGCAAUGGCCUCCUGCAGACGGCUCGCUGGGAUGAGCCACAGCGCGCGUGUGCCCUGGAACAGAUCUGUGGUGUGUUCCGAGUGGACCUGGGCCACAUGCGCUCCCUGCGGCUCUUCUUCAGCGACGAGGCCUGCACGAGCGGCCAGCUGGUGGUGGCCAGCCGAGAGAGCCAAUACAAGAUUUUUCACUUUCACCACGGCGGCCUGGACAAGCUCUCCGAGGUGUUCCAGCAAUGGAAAUUCUGCAGGGAGACGCACCUCAGGGACCAGCAGGUCACGGAUGACCGGACGUGCAUGCAGUUCUCCAUCCGAAGACCCAAGCUGCCAUCUUCUGAAACCCACCCGGAAGAGAGCCUGUACCGGAGGCUGGACGUGUCUGCCUGGCUCAGCCACCUCAAUGAACUGGGCCAGGUGGAGGAGGAGUACAAGCUGCGCCAGGCCAUUUUCUUCGGUGGCAUUGAUGUGUCGAUCCGGGGGGAGGUCUGGCCUUUCCUGCUGCACUAUUAUAGCCACGAGUCCACUUCGGAGGAGCGCGAGGCAUUGCGGGAGCAGAAGCGAAGGGAAUAUGCCGAGAUCCAGCAAAAGAGGCUGUCCAUGACUCCUGAGGAGCACAGAGCCUUCUGGCGUACUGUCCAGUUCACCGUGGACAAAGAUGUUGUCCGGACAGAUAGGAACAACCAGUUCUUCCGAGGGGAGGGCAACCCAAACGUGGAGAGCAUGAGGAGGAUCCUACUGAACUAUGCUGUGUACAACCCAGCCAUCGGCUACUCACAGGGCAUGUCAGACUUGGUGGCGCCCAUCCUGGCUGAGGUCUUGGAUGAAUCAGACACCUUCUGGUGCUUCGUGGGUUUGAUGCAGAACACCAUUUUUGUCAGCUCUCCCCGGGACGAGGACAUGGAGAGACAGCUGCUGUACCUGCGGGAGCUGCUCCGGCUGACCCAUCAGCGCUUCUACCAGCACCUGGUCUCCCUGGGUGAGGACGGCCUCCAGAUGCUUUUCUGCCACCGCUGGCUCCUACUCUGCUUCAAGCGAGAGUUUCCCGAGGCCGAGGCCCUGCGCAUCUGGGAGGCCUGCUGGGCCCACUACCAGACAGACUACUUCCACCUGUUCAUCUGUGUGGCCAUCGUGGCCAUCUAUGGGGAUGAUGUCAUCGAGCAACAGCUGGCCACAGACCAGAUGCUCCUGCACUUUGGAAACCUGGCCAUGCAUAUGAACGGAGAGCUGGUGCUCAGAAAGGCCAGGAGUCUCCUGUACCAGUUUCGCCUCCUGCCACGGAUCCCCUGCAGCCUACAUGACCUGUGUAAGCUGUGUGGGACAGGCAUGUGGGACAGUGGGUAUAUGCCAGCUGUGGAGUGUGCCGGCCACCACCCGGGCUCAGAGAGUUGUCCCUAUGGGGGCACAGUGGAGAUGCCAUCACCCAAGCCGCCAAGAGAAGGCAAGAGGACCCCAAAGGCACCUCGGGAGGCCUUUGGUUUCCGUAGAUAGGAACGCCCCUGCCUUUGACCAGGGACAAGGGGGCUUCCGAGAGGUCCAGGGCAAGUGGGG